AUACACCAGAUGCUUACCGUGCUGAGAGCAUCGUACAGCGCCGACACGAUAUUUUCUCUAAAUUUAAAAUCAAAUUUGUUUUUAGCUUGCAGUGGUUUAUGAAGUGUGGCAUAAAGCGGAUAGAGUAUUUUAGCGCUGAUUGCGAAUGAAGGUCAUCCGCGUAUAUAAAAAGCCUUGGAAAUGUAUGUUUCACAACGGAAUAUAUUAUGGGUACCGUCAAUAGUGGAAUCUGCCGUUUUUAUUGGAACGUUUACUAUGACAUACUACCUGCUGAAAUACGCUAACGUACGAAUGAAUACUUCAAUUGGGAAAGCAAAAGUAAAAAAUAAGGAAGAAAAGAUUCUCAAGGAAAAAUACGAUGAAGCGCCCUUUGCUCCAGGACCGUGGUCGUGGCCCAUUGUUGGUAAUGCAAUCUCCCUUGGAGAAGCUCCACAUCUCACUUUUGAUGAGAUGACUAAAACUUAUGGCCCGAUAUUUCGAAUUAGAUUAGGGAAGUUUCCAGUUAUAGUGUUGAAUAAUACCAAAGUUAUUAAAGAAGCUCUCAAUCGACAAAGGGAAGUAUUCUCAGGAAGACCUCAUUUUGCAUCCUACAAAUUAAUUUCACUGGGCCUUGGCGCAGUUUUUAACGAUACGAUUACUAUUGGGGAGUCAUGGCGUGAACUAAAGAGUAAAAUGGUUCGGCAUAUUCAUACCUACGCUGCCUCAGUUGACAAAAGAUUGGCGGUUUCACAGCACAUUUGGGAUGAAACAGUUUAUAUGACCAAAACUCUUGAAAAAAUGUGUGCAGAAUCGCCUACUGGAUACGUUGAUCCCGAAACAGUAAUUCGUGUGUCAAUUGGAAAUGCAGUAUGUGCUAUGUGUUUUGGAAGGAGAUAUGAAGUUGACAAUGCACAAUUCGUUCAACUGCUGAGUAUGAACAAAGAAUUUGGCGUUGUGAUCAGUGCUGGAAGUCGGAUUGACGUUAUGCCAUGGAUCAAGAUAUUUCCUUACUACAAGAAGGCUGCAAAUGAAUUUCAAGCACUUUGUUUACGUAUGGAAAACUGGGUUCUUGACAAAGUGACAAAAAACAUCGAAACGUAUAAACCUGGUGUUGUUCGAAAUUUGAUUGACUCAUUGACAGAAGCUGAACUUUUUGAAAAAGAAAAAAUGUAUCAUACAAUACCAGAAGGACGUAGAGGGUCAAACAACAAUAAUAACCCUAAAGAUAUUCCAGUCACAGAACAAGUCGACCAUAGACUAUUGUCCGCAAUUGUCAAUGAUAUUUUUGGAGCUGGACAAGAUACGCUUUCCAGUGCAUUUUUAUUCGUUCUCCAUUAUAUGGUCAGAUUUCCGGAUAUACAAAAGCGAAUAAGAGAUGAAAUUCUAAAAAUUACGGGAACAGACCGGUUGCCAACUCUUGCCGACCGUCCGGAACUGCCCUACAUGGAAGCCGCGUUUCACGAAAUAAUGCGACAUUCAAGUUUUGUUGCGAUCACCAUCCCUCAUCUCACAUUGUCGAACACUAUCUUAUGCGGAUAUAAAGUGCCGAAAAGCACGAUGGUUUUCAUUAAUCAAUAUACUGCAAAUAGAGAUCCUACUGUCUGGGACGAUCCUUAUUCUUUCAAACCAGAAAGGUUUUUGAAAUAUGUAAGCGGACAUUGCAAAUUAGAUCCCGUUAAAGUCAACAAAUACACCAUAUUUUCAACGGGAGGCCGCAAAUGUCCCGGUGAUGAGCUUUCAAAAAUAUGGAUGAUGCUCUCUAUGGCACUUAUUUUGCACCAAUGUGAACUAGUGGCGGAUCCAAACAAUCCUCCCACAGAUGGGAUAUGUUACGGUCUAACGAUGAAACCCCGUAAUUUGCGACUGAAAUUGCGGAGACUUGAAUCGAGUAUAGUGACAUAAUUUACCAACCUCGCCUAGUUUUAACCCAGAAUGUUGUAAGGGUUGCACUGACCCGUAACGGGUGUGUCUUGCGCUGAGCUUGGAGGGACGAUGCGGAAAUAUUUGAUGCGAUGUUUCAACAAGAAGCAAGAAAAACUUACGCUAGGUUUUCUAUUGUCAACGGUUCAGACAAUGGAUUAUUUGGUCUCGUUUUUUUGGUUGAGAAAUCAGUUCAAAUCACAUGAUUUGUGAAACAUCAUAUGCGUUUUUAUAGAAAACCUAUUAUACCUCAGUAGUUUGUAUCAUGUUUUUACUCGCUGUAAUUUGAGCGUUUCAAUGCCCUUUUGAUUAAAUCCCUCGGUUUUUUUUACUUGAAACUGACAUUUAAAACAAUUUGCAUCAUGUCUCUAGAAAGCUUGCGUAGCAAUUUGGCGACAAUGAUUAAAGCCGUGGUUCUUUGUGCUGGUAGGCUUUUGUCUUAUCCAAUGCAAUCGAUGCCGGCAGACAUAUUUUAUCCGCGAAAAGCUAUUAUCAUUAAAUUUCCCUCGCCGGCUGCACUUGCGCUUUCUGUUAUCAAGGGAUUAAUAUGAGACCUUGCGCCCCGGGCAUGAUACGUCAUAAUUGCGUAUUUAGUUUUUGGAUACUUUCAAGCAAUGUGUGAAUGCAUACCCUUUAUAUCUCCGGCACAGCAGAUUUUAUCACCCUCCGUCCAACCGCAAAUUCGCAACGAAGUCUGUUUAAACGCUACAAUGCCAUCGAAAACAUUCUUUUUUAUUCAAUAUAACAUACGAAAAGAUGCCUAAGGGAUACGACUGUAUGCAAAUAAAAUAGAUAGCAGCAUUGGUCGCUGUAUUUUUAUUAACACUUUUUUAGAGACACCGAUGUUGCUUGCAUAUCUUCACAAAUUACAAAUACAAAUUCCCUAAAAGUAAAUAGAAGUCUUUGAUAAUAAUUUUCAUUUUAUAAUAUCAAUACCUUGUUCUCAUAAGUCAAUGAAGAGAAUCUAAUAAUUUUACAUAUACUUUUGAGUCAAUUGUGGUAAGGUGUAAAUAAAUAUUCAUGUUCACUUGAUAUAUUAAUAUUUUACGUCUGUACAUAUGACUUUCAUGUGGAAUUUUCUUUAUUUUUGAAUAGAUUGCCAAAUAUGUUGCGCACGUUUUAUGCGAGUUAUUUCUUUUUGCUUUUGUGACGACCAGACGUUAGUAUCUAAUCACGAACUCGAAGCUAAAAACUUCUUUGUCGGUGCUCAUAGGUAUUACCAGUAAAUCAUUGCAUUUUUUUCUAAAUAGGAUUAUGUAGGCCAAUAUUAUUACAUUAUCAUCUUACGAAUAUUAUAUACGCUGGCGGUUUAUUAAACUGAAUAUUGAAAUAUGAAGCAAAUUCAACAUGCUUGUUAUACGUAUGGCAACAAUUUGAACAUAUUUCCCUGGUGGAAUUUAUGUUUUACGAGCAUGAUAAUUUAAUACUAUAGAAUUGUCUUAAUUUAGGCCAUUUCCGUUGCAGCUUUUUAAGUAAGACUAAUCUACCUAUUUUCAUUUCAUGCUUGAAUAACAUGUUCGGUUCCAAUCCCAUUUUUUAUGUAUUAUACGGUAACUUAUUUUCUUUGGCGUAUUCUUCAGUUCAUUUCCACGUUUACUCUUUCUUGCCUCUAAGCCCUUUUACCCAUUAAAAAUUGACUUAACUUUUGCACAAAGAACAGCCCCUGUAACUGUACCCUGUAAAACCAUCGGUUCGGUUUUAUUGUACACGAAUUGGUCUAAGGUUCGGUCAAUUUCUGUAUUAGAUAUCGUUCUGAAAUGUCCAAUGACCAACUUUGACUAAACCAAUAUAUAAUGAACAAUUUGGUAGAAUAUAUUAUAACAUAUUAUAAUUGGUCUAAUGGUGCAUUUCUGACAGACAAUAGUAUAUUUUUGAAUUUUGUUUGCUGCUUGCAGCGAGAUGUACAUUUGAAAGAUUGUAACAAGUGUUCGAUGCCUUUUAAUACCAUCUUUUUUAACACUGAGUUCGUUGUAUUUUCAUGACAGCUUGUUGUGGUAGCUUCUGCGAAAUGUAGCGUGUAGCGCACGGUGGUGAAUACUGAUGUUCUA